AGUUGCAUAUGGUUCACAGAAUUAGAUAAAUCAUGAAUAGGAGCUCCUCCAAUGCCGGACGGAUAUCUGAAUAUAGAGUACAAAUGGCAACUGAUGAAUGUUGAGUAUCAUGCCAAUGUAGCUUUGUGUAAACAAAUUUUACACUAUCAGUACAACUUAAUCCAUGUAUUGCUCUAUAACCUAAAAAAUCUUUUAACUGUCGAUACACAUGCAGAAGAUAAACAUACAUAAGUCAAGGUCUUUCACGACUGAUGUUGAUUGAUCUUUCUCCUUUUUUUAUGGCUUCUUCUGCAUGAAAAUUGCCUACUAAUGUUUGUAACUUCAAUUCUUGGAACCAUAAAAUUAAUCAAUCCAAGCCACAAUGAUCAUAAACUAUGUCUAUCUCAUUUCUGUUCUAUACUUGUCUUUCUUUUUUCAUUUGGUGCGUUCCCAAUUGCACACUGACCAAAUUAAUACCAUGAGAAAGAUUUAUGAUAUGCUUCAGAAUGAUACUGCUACUUCUUUUGUAUGGGAUGGGAUUAAUAAAAGUUCAAACCCAUGUUCUUGGAAAGGAAUUUCUUGCAAUUCUAAUGAUAAUUCUUCCAUAACAAACAUCUCCUUUUCAUUGUUUUCAAUUUCUAGCUCUGACUUCUUGCCUGUUAUUUGUCAAAUUAAUACUUUGGAGUCCCUUGAUGUUUCCCAGAACAAUUUAAGCUCACUCCCAGAUGGGUUCAUCACUGGUUGUGGGGGGCUUAUAGGGUUGAACUUUAGUAGGAACAGAUUGGAGGAUUCUUUGCCUAAUUUCACUGGUUUUGGAAAUUUGGAGUCUUUGGACUUUUCUCAUAGUAACUUGAAUGGGAAAGUUGACUUGCAGUUGGAUGGAUUGAACUCACUCAAGAGUUUGAACCUUAGCUUCAACAAUUUUUCUGGUUCAGUUCCUACCAGUCUUGGAAAAUUUAAUCUUUUGGAGGAGCUUCAACUUUCUGCAAAUGUUUUUCAAGGUGAAUUCCCCACUCAAAUUGUGAACUUUGGCAACUUAACUUUGAUUGACCUUUCUCUUAACUCUCUAUCUGGUGUCAUUCCUGAUAGAUUAGGAGAACUUUCCAAAUUGCAAGUUUUGAUUUUAUCAGCCAAUAAUUUGAGUGGAACAAUCCCACAAUCCAUUGGGAAUAUCAAAACAUUGACGCGUUUUGCUGCGAAUCAGAAUCGUUUUGUUGGAAAUAUACCCCUUGGCUUAACCAAGAACCUGAGGAAUUUAGACCUCAGCUUUAACAGUUUAACUGGUAUAAUACCUCAGGACCUGUUAUCCCCAAUGAACUUGCAGUUUCUUGAUCUGACUUCCAAUAAGUUGGAGGGACCUGUUCCUACAAACUUGUCGAUAAAUUUGAUUCGGUUGAGAUUAGGGGACAAUGCUUUGAAUGGGUCGAUUACAUCUGUUUCUUUUGGAAGCCUUCAGAGUUUGACCUACUUGGAGCUGGACCAAAACCAGCUAAGUGGACCAAUUCCUUCUGAAUUGGGGAAGUGCCAAAACUUGGCGCUUUUGAACUUAGCCCAGAAUAAGCUGAGUGGUGUUAUUCCAGUAGAGCUGGGUGAUAUUUCUAAUCAUCAGGUACUGAAUCUUCAGUCCAAUAACCUAGUUGGGGAUAUUCCGAGUAACAUUUCGCAGUUGAAUAGAUUGCAGAAGCUCAAUAUGAGCUGGAAUUCAUUGAAUGGCUCCAUACCAAGUUCAAUAGCCAGCUUGAAAAACCUCACAAACUUGAAUUUGCAGGGGAAUAAGCUAAGUGGUCAAAUUCUGCCUAACAUUAGUAACUUAAAUUUAUUGUUAGAACUCCAACUUGGAGGGAACCAACUUGGUGGGGUGAUUCCAGCAAUGCCGCUAAGUUUGCAGAUUGCUUUGAAUCUCAGUCACAAUCUCUUUGAAGGACCUAUACCAAUUACUCUAUCUAGAUUGACUUCAUUGGAAGUUUUGGAUCUCUCUUACAACAGGUUCUCAGGUCAGAUUCCCGACUUUCUGACUAAAAUGGGAGGCUUGACUAGGUUGGUGCUUUCAAACAAUCAACUCUCUGGAGUUCGUCCAGAGUUUGGAAGCUUUGUCAUUGUUGAGACAAAUGGAAAUAGGGAUCUGAUCAAUCCUUCCCCAAUUUCAGAAAACAAUGAGGAAAAGGGCACGACAUUUUCAUCGACCAUAGUCCUCCUCUUUGUUUUAGGUGGCUUUGUUUUUGGUAUGUUUGCAACAAUUUGUAUCUGGUACGUUGUUUUUAAAGAGGUUGCACAGAAGUGAGUUUUAUUGGAUCACUGAUGAUGACCUCCACAAGUCUCAAAUUAAAUUGUCCAAGACAAUGGCUGCAAUUUGUAGGGCCAAUUAACUUUAUGCAAAGCAAUGAAUUCUACACAUACUACAAGGUUAGAUGCCUUGUGGUAUAUACUAUUGCUUCAAGAAGAUUGAGAGGCAGAGCAAGUCAUUUAACUUGCAUAGCUUUGAAAGAUUCAAAAAAGGGCUUGUCAAUAUAGGCCACCUUAGCAAUUACACCAUGGCCCCCCUUGCUUAUGUUGUUGAAUCUGAUACGGCAUAUAUCAUUUAUGAUUAAGAUAGCGACUUGAUUCAUUUGUUAAAUUAGAAAUUUAUCACUUAAAUGAAUGCUCUUUAUUGCUGUGUUUUCAUAAAAUC